AUGUCAACUAUUAGAUGGAUGCAUAGAAAAGAGAAAAAAACAGGAAAAAAAAUAAUAACAUUAAAUGAAAUAAAAGAAAGAUAUUUAGCUGAUUGUACUAGCCAAAAACCACAAAAAAAAAAAAAAAAAUAUAUUACAUUCUAUGAAAAAAGAGGAAACAAAAUUGUAAAAAUUCAAAAUGAUAUUUGUGAACAUGAUACAAAUGUCUAUUCUGAUGAUAAAAAAAAUUUAAUAAAAAAAGGAAAUUAUAAUGUAGAAAAUGGUAAUAAAGAUAUUAAUAAAAAUCCUAUCUUUUUAGAAACCCAUAAAAAAAAUCAUCAAAAUUUGAGCGAAGAUCGCUUUGGUAAUUUACAUGAUAAUGAGAAAAAAUACACAAACAAACAAAUUCAUGAAAUAAAUAAAAAUGUAGGAAUAAUAAAAAAUGAUCGUAUAAAUAUAAAUCUAGAUAUUAAUAUUCAAUGGGAUAAAACAGAAAAAAAGACUUUUGAAAAUGAAACAAACACAGAUAAUUAUGAUAUAAAAAUAAUAAAAAAUGACAAAAUAAAAUAUGAUCAAAAUAAUAAUAAAAAAUUCAAAGAUAAGCAAGUUCUAUUUGAUAGUAAUAUUCGAUCAAAUAAUAAAUCUUAUUCGAAAAAAAACGAAUAUAAUAAAUAUUUUGAAGAAAAUGGUAUAAAAAAAGAUUAUGAGCCAAAUUAUAAAGACAAGGAAAUUUUAAUACCUGACAAAGAUGAAUAUAAUAAUUAUAUAAAACAUAAUAAUUAUAUAAAAUAUAAUAAUUAUAUAAAACAUAAUAAUGAUGAAGAUGCAAAAAAUAACAAAAAGGAAAACUAUGUUAAAUAUAUACCAUAUAAUAACAGUUAUUCAUAUAAUAUCCAAAAUGAAAGAAAAAAAAAACAACAUCAAUUUGGAGACAUAGACAAAAUAGAACAAAACAAAAAUAAAAUUACUGAUCAGGUAAAAAAUCGAAAUAAAAAUAAUACAUAUAUUAAAUAUGACUCAAAUAUAUAUAAAGAUAUAAAACAUGAACAUAAUAUAAAUUCCAAUGAUUAUAUUAUCCAAAAUGAAAUAAGACAAACUUAUCAAUCUAGUCCUGAAAUUUAUAAAAAAAAAAUAUAUAUUAAUAAAAAACAAGAUAAAAUUAAAAAUGCUAUUAUAUCCUUAGAUUUGUUAAAUAAUAUUUUUUUAAAAAAAAUUAAAAAAUAUUUUUAUUUUUUUAUUAAACAAUUAUUAAACCGUAAUAUUAACAAACCAAUAUAUAAGAAAUAUACAAAACUAGAGAAUAUGCAAAAAAUAUUGUCAUCAAAUAAUCACAACUUUGUUCAUGUUAAAAAAAGCAAUACACAAAAGUUAGAAACUUUAAAACCCCAAAUGUUUAUACAGUCUAACCAAGGGUUUUCAACCAAUACCUUUGAUCGAGGGUUUAUAGAAAAGAGGGAAGAAUUGGACGGCCACAAAAUAGGCGAAAAUAACGACCCCAAAAUGGGUGAAAAUAAUGACCCAAAAAUGGAUGAAAAUAAUGACCAGCUUGACCAGCUUUAUCAGAUUGACCAAAGCUAUAACCACCAAAAUACAUAUACUGUUCUACAAAAUGAAAAACUAUGCUCAUUAAAAAAAAAAAAAAAUUGUAAAAAAAGUGAAGAUAUAUCGAUGCUUAAAAUAAAAACAUUAAAUAGCACUUUAAUUGAUAACUUUAGUGAAAUAAAUAUAAAUGAUAAAAAUAGGAAGGAACAUAAUUUGAAAUUUUUUUGUAUCUUAUUAUCUCUUUUUUUAAAGAAAUACACAUAUAGACAAUUAUUAAUUCCAUUUUUUCUAAUGGGUUUCAUACCCCCAAAACAGAAAGAAAAAAGAGCAUUAAGAAACUUCUUAAAUUCAAGAGUCUAUUUCUUAAAAUUGGUGGAUAAAAUUUUAAAGACUCAAGAAAAAAAAAUGAUGAAAAUAUUUUUUCAAAAAUUAAUCAAAAAUAGUCUAUCAAUUGAAAGCUAUUCAAAUAACAAAAUGAAAAAAAAUCUGGACAAACAAACAAGUUUUGAAGAAGAAAAAAAAGAGGAAAAAUUAAAAAAUAAUUUUGAUUCAAUCGGCGAAAUAAAUGAUAAAUCGAAGUUAAAAGAAAAUGAAAAAGAUGAAAACGAUGAAAACGAUGAAAAAAACGAAGAUACUAAUAGCAAUAGCAAUAGAAAUAGCAAUAGAAAUAGCAAUAGCAAUAGAAAUAGCAAUAGCAAUACAGAUCGAAAGAAGGAAACAAGCCCAAGCGCAUGUUUUGGGAAACCUAAAAUAUACAGAACUGAUGAUUACGCAAUAUUUUAUAAUAAAAAAUUUAUAAAUGAAAAAAAUAAAACAUAUCACGAAUGCUUAUUAAGAUCUAAAUCAGAUACAUUAGUAGACUUUUUAAAAAGAUCAAAAAUGUAUAAAUUUUCAAAUAGUCUAAUAAUUGAAAAUAUGGCAGAAAGUAUAAAUAGUUCUAUUAAUAAAAGCCCUUCAAAUUUUGAACAAUUUUUUACUGCAACAUAUAAAUUAAGCACUGAUAAUAUAACAAGAGACGAAUAUAAAAGCCAAUUAGACUUUUCUUGUUAUAAAAAUAUAAUGAACUAUUCUACUAUGUUUAGUAGUUACACACACAAAAAUAAAAAUAAUGAUAGUGAUCAGGAAAUAAAAAAUAACCAUAUUAACAUGGGUACUGAUUUUUGUUACAUUAAUAAUCAAAAAGAUAGGAAAAAUACAAAACCUUAUAAAAUUGAAAAAAACAAUAACAUAUCUCUUACCCCAAUUUAUGAUUACGAAUUUCAUAGCAGUAAAAAAAUUGAAUUAAUUGAUAAAAAAAAUAUUAAUAAAAAUUUUGGGAAAAUUAAUGAAAAUGCAUAUAAUACCUCAAAAAACACCAAUUUAAAUGAUAAAGAAUGUAUAGAAUUUUUUAAAAACAUUAAAAAAAAACUUAAAAUAAAUUACAGAGAAAUUUUACAUACUAAUACAAAAAAUAUAUCAGGUUUAGAUAUAAGUGGCUUAAAUAGCACAAUUGGUAUUUUAAAAAAUAAUCAAAAAUCAUAUAAAUCAGGAAAAAAAAAAAAAAAAAUAAAUAAUAUUCAUAAUGAUCCAUUUUUAAAUAGUUUAAACUUUUUAACAGAAUCAGAUAUGGCUUUAAUAAAUAAUUUUUCUCAAAAUGUUACAAAAUAA